CACACACACAUGCACACGCUCACAGAGAGAGCUAACGAAUGCGUCUGCAUGCCUGAGUCAGUCAGUGAAUCGAUUCCUCCUCCAGUGGACCGAGCCAGACAGCAGCGCGCACCCAAUUGAAGAGUACCUCUCCUGGGCUCGAGCGCAGCUCAGAGCCACUGAUUCCACGAGGGAACCGCAGACACUGGCAGGAGGACUGGAGGAGGUGGAGGAAAGGGGAGGAGGGACACCGGUUAACAGAUUAAAGCCCUCUCUGUUUCUCUCUCUCUCUCAUUCCCUUUGAGUGAGGAGAGACAACUCUAGGCACUGCAUGCUGUAAUCACAUUGCUUCUGUGUAAUUUGCUCCUCUCAAUUACUUGUCCUUCCUCCUCUUUUUUUACACUGCUGCGGUCUGAAGGAAAGGCAGAGCACGAUUUAAAAGGACUUGUGGGUCUCUUGUGCUGCCUCCUCUUUCUCCCUCUCUCCUUCAUUCUCUCUCUUUUUUUAAAUGUAAGUGGAAGGUGGGAUUGGGGGGAGUGGGGAUAAACCGUUGCGGCCAGCUGGAGAGAUGGGCAAGUCCAACAGCAAACUAAAGCCUGAUGUAGUGGAAGAGCUGUGCAGAAAGACCUACUUCACAGAGAAGGAAGUUCAGCAGUGGUAUAAGGGUUUUAUCAAAGACUGCCCCAGUGGUCAGUUGGACGCAGCUGGUUUUCAGAAGAUCUACAAGCAAUUCUUCCCCUUCGGUGAUCCCACCAAAUUUGCCACCUUUGUCUUCAACGUCUUUGACGAAAACAAGGAUGGACGCAUUGAGUUCUCAGAGUUUAUCCAAGCUCUGUCUGUCACAUCCAGAGGGACACUGGAUGAAAAACUCAGAUGGGCCUUUAAACUUUACGAUCUUGAUAAUGAUGGCUACAUAACCCGAGAUGAGAUGCUGAACAUUGUGGACGCCAUCUACCAGAUGGUGGUGAGUCAUUUGCUUCUCAUUGAACCGUAACUUUCUAUUGCUAUUGAGUUAAUUAAAGAGCUUUCUUGGAAGGCCAACAUGGUGUUUAUUGUAAGCCUAAACUCUAAAAAUUGAUUAUAAAGGUCUGUCAAAUUGAUAAAGAGACUGCAGUGAAUAUCUUUACAAACACUGGCUUCCGGGAAGCUUAAUAGCAUUGGGUGCCUUU